AUGUUAUCGGACGAUCAGACACCAAAUUCUUUAAUCAACCGACCAGUUUUCCGCCAGGUCAUAAUCAUCGGAGCCGGAACGGCCGGUCUGUCAGCCGCUUAUCAAUUAAAAAAAUCGGGUUUUAAAAAUGUUCUCAUUUUGGAAGGUCAAGAUCGUGUUGGUGGUCGUAUUCUUACCAAUUAUCUUGAUGAUAGUUUUUCGAAGCCAUUAGAUAUGGGUGCUUGUUGGAUACAUGGUCUUGAAAAUAAUCCCGUCUAUGAGUUAGUACAACGUGAACAAUUUCCAUCACAUACGGGUACAAUUCUUACUUAUGAUAUUGGAAUGUGUGUCGAUGAAAAUGGAAAUGAAAUACCAAAUAGUUUACAUGUUGAAGUUGAUCAAUUUUUUGAGAGUUUAGCACAAGAUAUACGUGAUUUAUUUCAAUUAGAUUCAAUAAAUAAUAAUCAAACAUCAUUGGUUGAUAAACGUUUAAUAAGUGAAAGUUUUCAAAAAGUAUUUUCUGAAAAAUUUCAAAAGUUUUUAAAUUUGAAUGGUGGUGAUGGUGAAACAAGACGAUUAAAAUUGAAACUAUUACAGAGACGAUUCGAUCAAGAAACGGGAGAAUGUGGUUGUAAUAGUAUGGAUCAAGUUAGUCACUAUGAAUUUGGCUCUUAUCAACGUCCAAAAGGUCCUGAUCUUGAGUUUCCAUGUGGUUAUGGUUCAUUAAUUCGUUAUCUUCGUUCAUUAAUACCUGAAAAUUGGCUAUGUUUUGAAAAAUUUGUCGAAAAUAUUUCAUGGUAUAAUAAUGAUCAACGUAUUAAAAUUGAAUGUGCAACAGGUGAACGAUAUGAAUGUGAUCAUUGCAUUGUAACAAUACCCUUAGCUUGUUUAAAAUGGAAUUAUAAAAGUUUAUUUACACCCGCAUUACCAGCUUGGAAAACAGAAGCUAUACACAAAUUGGAUAUGGGAACGGUUGAUAAAAUCUAUUUAUUUUAUGAUAAUUUGGAUUUUAUUAAAGGUGAUAGUUUGGCUAUUAUUUAUGACAAAGACGAUAAUAUUGAUAUAAAAAAAGAAUGGUAUAAGAAAAUUUUUUUAUUUAUGAAAGUGUAUGAUAAUGUUUUACUUGGAUGGAUAACGGGUGAUGAAGCUAUUUAUUGUGAAGAUUUGGAUGAAACGUAUAUUGGCGAUGUUUUAACAAAUGUAUUACGAAAAAGUUUAAAAAAUUCAUCAAUUCCAAAACCAAAUAAAGUUAUACGAACGCAAUGGUUUUCAAAUCCCUGUUCACGAGGUUCUUAUUCUUACGUACCAGUAGGAGCUACAUCAAAACAACAUAUUAAAGAUUUGUCAAGACCGUUAUAUGUCAAUAACGUGCCAAAACUUCUUUUUGCUGGCGAAGCAACUCAUAAGAAUUAUUAUUCAACUGUACAUGGUGCCUAUAUUACUGGUCAACAACAAGCGGAAAAUUUAAUUAAAUUUAUUAAAAAUGAUGAAAAAUUAGCAAGGCAAUCAGCAAAAGAUAUGUUAACAAAAGUUAUUUUUGAUAUAAGUGAGCCACCCUGA